AAGAAAACAGAAAUAGCUCUCUAUAAACACUCUCAGCCCUCAGGAGAUAAGUUUAUUGAUCGUCUUCCCUAAACAGACUGAUUAAUUUUUGUUUUUCCGUAUUCCUCUCUCCGACGCCGCCAUGUCUCUGCUCUCAGAUCUCGUCAACCUCAACCUCUCCGACGCCACCGAGAAAAUCAUCGCCGAAUACAUAUGGAUCGGUGGAUCUGGAAUGGACAUUAGAAGCAAAGCCAGAACACUCCCAGGACCAGUGAGCGAUCCAUCAAAGCUUCCCAAGUGGAACUACGACGGAUCCAGCACCGGUCAAGCCGCCGGAGAUGACAGUGAAGUCAUUCUAUACCCUCAGGCGAUAUUCCGUGAUCCGUUCAGGGGAGGCAAAAACAUUCUGGUGAUGUGUGAUGCUUACACACCGGCCGGAGAUCCAAUCCCGACCAACAAGAGGCACAAAGCUGCUAAGAUCUUCAGCGACCCCAAAGUUGCCUCUGAGGAGCCUUGGUAUGGGAUUGAGCAAGAAUACACAUUGAUGCAAAAGGAUGUGAACUGGCCAAUUGGUUGGCCUGUUGGUGGCUACCCUGGCCCUCAGGGACCAUACUACUGUGGUGUUGGAGCUGACAAAGCCAUUGGCCGUGACAUAGUGGAUGCACACUACAAGGCCUGUCUUUACGCUGGUAUUGGCAUCUCUGGUGUCAAUGGAGAAGUCAUGCCUGGCCAGUGGGAGUUCCAGGUCGGACCUGUCGAGGGUAUUGGUGCUGGUGAUCAAGUCUGGAUCGCUCGAUACCUUCUCGAGAGGAUCACUGAGAUCUCUGGUGUCAUGGUCAGCUUCGACCCAAAACCAGUCCCGGGUGAUUGGAACGGAGCUGGAGCUCACUGCAACUACAGUACGAAGUCGAUGAGGAACGAUGGAGGAUUAGAAGUGAUAAAGAAAGCGAUAGAGAAGCUUCAGUUGAAACACAAAGAGCACAUUGCUGCUUACGGUGAAGGCAACGAGCGUCGUCUCACGGGGAAGCACGAGACGGCAGACAUCAACACGUUCUCUUGGGGAGUGGCGAACCGUGGAGCUUCGGUGAGAGUUGGACGAGACACUGAGAAAGAAGGUAAAGGUUACUUUGAGGAUCGAAGGCCAGCUUCUAACAUGGAUCCUUAUGUUGUUACCUCCAUGAUCGCUGAAACCACCAUCCUCGGCUAAAAAUCUCACACAUUUUACGGUUUGGUUUGGCUUUGGUUCGAUUUCUCCGGUUUGGUUCUUUAGUUCUCGUCUUUGUGAUUGCACUGUUUUCUGAUUUAAAAUAAUUCUUACCAUGGCCUAGUAGGUAUGACGACAUUUUGUGUUUUUAUUUCGAAUAAUUAAAUAAAGGAUUCUUAUCAUCUAAAAA